AGAAGAUCAUACACACUUGGGAAGCAACCCAGACUUACUGAUGUAGGAAGUUCUUUCACAAGCCUGUUACCAGUUCCAUCAGAAAUGUCAUACCCAGUCAUCCAGCCUGUUCUUCCUUACGUAAGCACGAUCAAAGGAGGAAUAAAACCAGAUAUGGCUGUGAUAGUGCAAGGCACUCUUCCUGCACAUGCCCAAAGCUUUGAAAUUAAUUUUAAAACUGGGCCUGGUGAUAAUGAUGAUGUCGCUUAUCACUUCAACCCUCGCAUUGGUAAAUAUGUCUACAUGAACAGCUACGUAAGAAAGGGCUGGGAGGAGGAGGAAUGUGUCUCUGACAAACCCUUUAUCAAGGGAGCAGCUUUCCAAAUUUUGAUCAUCAUCAAAACGGAAGGCUAUGAGGUCUACAUUAAUGGCAUUAAACACUGCAUGUUCAACCACCGCAUUCCUCUAAACAAAGUGUCAACAUUUGCCAUUUCUGGAGAUGUUUCCAUCCCCAUCUUUGGUUUUAUUGAUAACUGGAACACACUGAAUUUGAGCCAAUCAAAUACCAAAGUCAUGGGAAGUUUAAUUUCAAGGCCGUUAUCACUACCAGCAGCAGUGACAAAUCCACUCAUCCAACCUGGACUUUCCUAUAUGAGUAAAAUCAAAUGUGGACUAAGGACAGGUAUGGCUGUGUUCUUCCAAGGCACCAUUCCUACUAAUUGCAAAGGCUUUGAAAUAAAUUUCAAAACAGGGGAAUCUGACAGCGAUGACAUCGCUUUCCACUUCAACCCACGCAUUGGUCAAUAUGUCUACCUGAACAGCUUCAGAGAUGGCAGCUGGGAAAAGGAGGAAUGUGUCUCUGACAAAUCAUUCAACAAAGGAGCAGGCUUCUACAUGUUUUUUGUCAUCAAUUCAGACAAUUAUGAGGUGUAUGUGAAUGGCCUGAGACUCUGUACAUUCAAGCACCGCAUUCCUGUGGAGAAAGUAUCAACACUUGGCAUUCGUGGUGAUGCCUUCAAACCCAUCUAUGGUUUUAUUGAUAACUGGAGCAGUUUGUAUCUAUGCAUGGACCAAUCAAGAAUCACAGGCAUGGGGACCACAUUCUCAAGCCUGUUGGCAGACCCUUCAGAUCUUUCACAUCUAGUCAUUCAGCCUACACUUCCCUAUUUUGCAAAAAUACCGGGAGGAUUACGAACAGACAUGGCACUCUACUUUCAAGGGGUUGUUUCUGCACAUGCCGUAAUGUAGGGUCUAAUUUUAAUUACAUUGCAUUUCGAAAUACUCCAAUGGAGGUUUUGACUUAUAUUUUGCAUGAUUUUCUUCA